UUCCAUCCUUGUGCGCUGUCAUUGCUCCGCAGAACAAAGGAAUAAAUACAUAUCGUUUUGAUAAAAUUAUUCGCGACGCAUCGAAAUCGGUAGUUAUGGUCGAGCACUCGUCACGGGUUAUCGUAUCACUUGAUGUUUGCGGACAUCACUAGCGCACGUGUUCGAAAUUUGAAUUUUGUUUUAAUUUAGCGCGGAGUUAAAAAAAAAGUGUUUAAAUAGUGUUGUCGUGUUCAUAGUUUAUUCAGUGAUAUAUAUUUUUGUUAUCUGUGUUUGUUCUGUAAAUUGAGUGCAGUGCUUGGAAUAGUGUUAGAAUUUGGCGUACUGUUGUGGAUUUUUGCCAAAGUGAAGCGACAGGAAUUCAGUUUUUCACGGAUAUAUAAUGUAUCUAUAUUUAUACAUGAGACCGAGCGACGGUGUCCGUCGCUGCGUAUAACAUGCGCUCCAUCCUGGCGUACUACGCCGACGCGGUAAUGGCGGCGGCGGCGCGCGGCGCGGGCUGCGCGCUCGGCUGCAGCGGCCGCGGGGACUGCCUCAACGGCACCUGCCUCUGCGAGAUCCGGUACUCGGGCGACGAGUGCGCCGGGCCCAACAUGCCUUACCACGCAUGUAUCGGCGGCGUAUUCCUCCUAGUCGCCUUCGUAUGCGCCGUGCAACUAACGAUAUGCAUAGUGUCGGAGUACAGAAGACUCAAGGCGCCCACCUUCCUUAGAGCCUGCAAGGUCACCACUCAGAAGAUGCUCUACCUCGUCGCGUUCCUCGCCUCGCUCAUACGCGGGGCGUACUUCGUGUCACCUUCAGCGUUCCAAGAGGGCUGGGCGACGAGUCUUCUCUCCGCUUACUAUCCGUUGCUCCUGUCUGGCUCUUCACUCAUCGUCUGCUUCUGGGCCGAGGUGUUCCAUCUCCGCGAUAUCCGCUGGGAGCGGCCCCGGUUCCUGUCCAAGUCAUUCCUGGCGUUCGUGACCUUCAACCUGAUCAGCUACUCGCUGCUGGCAGCCGAGGUGCUCACCACCAACGUUGCCGACACCACUGCUAAAGAGAAGAGCUUCUAUCAGCACGUGUUCAACGGCUGCUACGCGGUGCUCCUCUUCAUCGUGGUCACCUUCUUCCUGAUCUACGGCGUCGAAGUCUAUUUCAAGCUUCGCGGCGAAUUUCUAAAGGAGACAAAGGUGUGCACAGUGAUACAGCCACGGCCGGGACCUUCAUCCGCGGCAGAUGAUGACGCACAAGCCACGCUUGUCACCAAACAGGGCGUUCAAACGGACAUGUCUCGCGGCGGAGCAGUCGACCCCCGCUCGGUGGACCACUCCCAACUCCACCAAUCCAGGGUCGGGCUCGUCAGCCAGGCUUUGAUGCUGAUCCUCAUUGCUGGGUUCCUCGCCUCGGAGACGCUCAGCGAGCUGUGGAAAACUAAAGUCCCAGUGGUAUCUCGCAACUGGCACGACCUUGUGUUCCGCCUAGCCGAGAUCGGGGUCGCGCUAUGGUUCCCCUGCGUCCUGUGGAACUCCAUGGCACCCGAGCGACUCUGGCUGCUGAACCCUCGGCGCCUGCUGGCGCGUCAGCUCGACGAUGCCAAGCUGCAGGAAUUGUUGCAGCAUCAUCAGGACGUUAAGCAGUCAGACGUCGAGACAGACUCGCUGGUGGGCAGCGUCGGCUCCGCCCGCGACUGCUGGAUAUGCUACGACAGCUCCCGGCCCGAGCCGCUCAUCCACCCAUGCCGCUGCACCGGAGACGUAUCCGCCGUGCACCACGACUGCCUCAGCCGGUGGCUGGGAGAGAGUGUCAAAACACCUGACGGCUUGAAAUGCAAGGUGUGCAACACGCCCUACAUCGUCCAGGAGACUAGCAGGGUGGAGUGGGAGCGCGGUUUCACGGUGGUGCACUGGGUGCGCACGGCGCUGUGUGUAGCGUGCAUGUGUGGCGCCGCCGCCGCCGCCUGGGUCGCAGUGCAGUUGUCCACAUCCCCAGUCGUGAGGGUGCUUGCUGCCGGCGCUGCCUCACUUGUGUGCUACGUGGCUGUGAGAUUCCUUGGCAUGAACACCGUAACAGCCUAUCAAAAGGCCAAGAUCUCCUCUCUUCGCAUCCUCACAGAACCAACGGAUGCCCCACAAGAUGACCAGCUAGCUACAAUUAGCAAGACGGUCACCGUCGAGAUCGCGUCAAAAGCGGUGUUGGAACGGGCUCUAAAGGGGGAGAUCAAUAAAUAAACGUAUUGUGAACGGUGACGUUUAAAAACUGUGAAGUGACAGCCCUGAAUCGAAAGCUAUAGCGCAAUAUCAGCUAAUUAGAGAGAAGAUUGAUGCGGUCCUGUGCUCUAAAAGGGGGGACACACUAUAAACUGUGUAAUAGUGUUGUGAACAAAAAAACAGCGAAGUGACAUGAAUCAUCACGCUGGAUAGCGCAAAAAGUACUAGCGAUCAUCAGGAAGACGGCCACCGAGCUUCUAAAGCGGUUAUCGAACGAGCUCUAUGGGGAGUAAUCAAUAAACGGUGGUGUAAAACUGCGUUUUAAUGACGCCUGAUUUAUUGACACCCCUAAGGACUAAUGUUCAAAUGGUCUUGCGACACCCCUAAGUUAAAAAGUAACGGGGUUUCGUUGAGAAGUGAGUGACGUCUGAGAAACUAAAUGAUCAAUAUUUUAGUGUCUACCGCUUGCCGAUUAUUUGAUGAGUGAGCUCUGAACGCCAAGCAAUUGCAUCAGCAAAAAUGACUGUUGCUAUCAAUUUUAGUUUGUGAAAUUUGCAGUAAUGUACUGUCGAAAGCGAGAUGAUGUUCAAAGUGAAACGUAAAAUAAAUGUGUGACGAAAUAGUUAUUUACGAUACAAGUGCGGUAAGUAGGAAAUUCGCAUGAGUGGUGAUAAAUUAAAACACGACCGAAGAGUGUUUUAAAUCGAGUUGCGAAUUACCUAUUCGCAUGUGUAUUGUACAACGUUUUACAGCACAUAUGGCCCUUUAAACUUUCGACAUAGGCACGGAAAGUGCUCAUUCCCUCACUAGUGCAGGAAAGUAGCACCAUAUGUACUGUAAAACUUAUUUGUAAAAGGUUACAUUAAUGUAACCGAUUAAAGACAUUUUAUCUAUUACUAUAGAUGAACCUUGGGUAACUUUUAAACAAAAGUUAAGUAGUAAUAUGUGAUGAGGGGUUUCUUACACUAUGUACACUACAUGACAUCACAGUCCCAGAGCUAAGACCUUAUUCAUGGUCUUAAUGCUGUUUUUCAAGAUUGUAGCUAAUAACCGUUUGUAUGAAAUAGUAAUACCAAUUACUUUCUCACUCUAACAGGCAGUUUUAACGCUGCGAAGAUUAAAUCCAUCUCUAGCACUCGUGCAGUACCUGUUAACCGAGCGAUAGAGAUGGAAAUAAAGGUGUCAAAGUGCAGUUAUUGAAACCUCUCAUUGACUUCAAGCAAUAAAAAAAGCUAUAGUCACCAUCAAAAAGUGACGGCUAAAGUGGCCAAAUAUAUCGAAGCCCACCUUUGUGACCAUAAAUAAGUUUUUUGAAAAAUUAAAUUUUUGGUACAAGCUUUUAUCGCUGACUGUAUUUUUCUUUCCACAGGCAACUAAUACUCUUCGAGACAAUUCUAUAAACCCCAAACACAAUUGGGUUGGAGUUCCUGUGGCCACCUCAUGUCUCCAUCUGCAUCAUCAGAUCAGCUCGAUGGUACCAUAAUAUUGCAUUGUCACCCGACUUACAUAUCUAUGCAAAUUUUCAGCUUCAUUGGAAGUUGGGAGGUGGGUCAAAUUUAACUUGCAAGAUUUGACCCGUACAAACAAACGUACAUUGCAAGUUAAUAAAAAGCUUGUAAAUAUAUGGAAGUUUCCGAUGUAUUUGGCCACCUUAUCCGCUGCUAUUUGUUACAUAUGUGUAUUUUUAUUUGGUAAAAAGACAGCGAUUGAGUGAUAAUAUGCAAUAAUAUGAGUUAUCUUUUGUAACUGACUUGACAAUGGAUCUGUUUGAUCAUUCCUUUCCAAUCUAACUUUGAUAAGGUGUUAAAAUGGGAAUUUACAUAGGUCACUAGAUAAGUUUUGCAAUAGACAAAUAUGAAACACAGGAGGCAUAUCACGUAUACUUUUUAAAACUAUAUUUCCAUAGACAAUAUUUGGCGGGAGAACAUUCUUUGUAAAUCUAUUUAUAAAAAAAUAGAAUUAAACUUUGUAUGAAAUGAAAAUAUUGUAUAAAAUAUUCGUAUCAAUUUUAUAAGCAAAUUUAAGAGAAAAGUAAAUAUUUUCCCGCCAAACAUUGUCUAUGGAAAUAUUUUUUUUUAAAGUAUAUGUGAUAUGCCACUUCUUUGUUUCAUAUUUGUCUAUUGUAAAACUUACCUAGUGACCUAUGUACAAACAUUGGCCCAGUGUUUAGCAAUAAUAUGAAACAUUUACCCAUUCCUGAUUUUUAAAUCGUGGAACUCAAAUGCUGGUCACGGCACCAAUUGAUAUACACUGCAGUCCAAAUAACUGGUUAUUUUUUAUGUUGUCAUGGUGCUGAUUUUAAUAAAGCAUUUACGCAAUAAAUGAAACUGAUUUAAAGUUAUUUUUAAGGUGUCUAUAGACAAGUUACCCAUUUGGUACAAAUGUAACGAAUAUAUCACAGAAAUUCGUAGUUUCUUGUUUUAUUUAUAUCCUUAACGUAUUGUUUUUCGUAUAUUAUGUAUAAUUGAUAAUUAAAUAGGGGUCACGGACAAUCAAAACAUAACUGUUUUUUAGUAUUUUUUGCAAAAAAGGUAUAUUUUCGUUAUUUAUGUUUUUACGGAUAAGUGCAUGCUGGUCUUGCAAAGCAUUUUUAAUGGAAACACAUUUUAAAAUUAUUUUUAGUAUAUUCACACUGUCAUUCAUCUCUAAAAGAUGAAAGUGUGACAUUUGAGAAAAGUGCAACAUUAGCACGGCUACCACGAGUUGGCGUUUGACAUUUACGUUAGCGUCCGCGUUAAGCGAUCGCAUUCCCUCUAUCGCACCAAUACAUCAAUGUGAGCGAGAUGGACUGCGAUCGAGUUUACGCUGUCGCUAACGUAAACGUCAAGUGUCAACUCGUGGUAAGGCUAAGCAGACAGUUAAAUAAAGUAGAAUUGUCAAAACUCUCGUUUCUUUCUCGUAAAUAUUUUCUAAGUCGAUUCAUUUUAUAUUAACAAUAAUUCCGUGUUCCCCAAUUCUUAAGAGGCUGGUAAUAAUUAAUUAAAAAUUAUAUAAUUAAGUAAAAAAAUUAAAUUCAAGUGUUUUGGAUUCAUGUGCAAACAAAGUUAUGAAUAGAAAUCUGAGUGCCAAAGAAGAGAAGUGCCUUUUCCAGGCAUAGUACGAUUUAUGGACCUCGUACUAUAAGCGCCAAUAGAAUUUCAGCCUAAGCAUUUCGAUUUAAGGUUCGUAUUAGAACUUUUCGGUUCGAGCACUGUCGGAAAAUUAAUCAUCAAAGCUGCAUUAAUUGGAAUAUAUUUGGUUUUUUUUGGGAAAACUUUGUAGAUUGGUGCGGCCUGGAAAAGGGUUACUCGUAAUUGAAGUUUUGCUAUAUUUUCAUGCGCUAAAUUAAUGUAGAAAUUAAUAUUUAACUUAUAAUCAUUCGAGUGUUAUGGACUGUCAAAUGGUAAUAAAUAUUUUUAAUUCAGCUGUGUAAAGAGAGAAUCGAGUUCAAAUAGUUGUCAAGUAGUAAUAAAUCAAGAGAUCAAUUCAAGGAUUUAAGUUAUACACGUUAUACGUGACAAUAUUAAGAUUGCCUACUGGAAAAAAACCAAUUGCUAAUAGAAUAUCGCUAUAUAUUCCUUCCAGGCAAAAAGUCCCACUUUGUCGCUUGCCAUAAGGACGCUUUGACAGGUUAUUCAUAUAAAGAUACAGGCAAAUCUGGGACCAUUGACUAGACUUUGACACAUUUAGCCUUUUGGACGCUUUCCGUUUUAAACAAAAACGUCACUCACACGCCAAGGACACGGGCGCAAUCGAGCUAAUGUAAACCUUACUCAAAAGUGUGAAGGUUACUUUGACAACGUACGCCAUAUCGCUUGUAGUAAAGUUGUUCAUGGCGUUGUGAGCACGACGCCUAUAGGUGUUUUUGGCGUUCAAAAGGUUAAAAGCAGAAUUUUGUUACAGUCAAGUUAUAUUUUUAAUAUAUUUUUUUAUGUACGCUCGUACGUCUCAUUUGAGUAGCUAAAUAAGAUAUUAGAUAACUAGAGAUUGCCAUUUUCCAUCUAUAUGCUUAUUAAAACUUAAUAUGUAUGUAUGGAAUUGAAAAUUAUGUGAAAAUGUAAGAGAAAAAAAUAUCCCAAAAUUUUAUAGGUAUAACAUUUAAUUUAGACGGUUGGUGAUCAGUUCGAUGUGGUUGAAGGUUUGGCUUCAUCAAACUGCAAGUCUACCACGUGUUGGUAUUUGGCAUUUACGUUAGCGACUGCGUGAACUCGAUCGCAUUCACUAUCGCACCAAUAUAUCAGUGCGAGCGAGAUGCACUGCGAUCGAGUCCAGUAGCAGUCGCUAACGUAAACUUCAAGUGUCAACUCAUGGUACGGCUACUGAUUUGCGUUACACUCGGUAAGUUAAAAAAAUUAAAACUGGGCUACCGUCUUAGUUGAGUGACUUGAGUGAUAGAGGACUAUAGUUUACUAUUUGCAAAUUUAGCGCGUGAAUGAAUGAAUAAUUUGUAUGUUUAAUACAAAUACCAUUUACAAUGUAAUUUAAAUACAUUCUACUUUUUAAUGACCAGAAAAAAUAUGAUAGAUAUUGAAUUCGCGUAUAGCAUUUCCAAAUUGUACCAGAAUCAAAUAGGAAUUAAUAUUGAUAAAUGUAAAAAGAUGGUAAGUGCCAUAUUUUCAUACAAAUCGGGAGACCAUCAAGGACCACGGAUUUACUGUGAUAGAAUAUUUACAGGUAUUAUUUAUUGAAGAAAGGCAUCGGAAUUAAUUGCCUAAUUAAGCCUCUUUCUAUAUCACAAAACAGAAAAUGAAAGUAAUGGUCAAGUAUUCUGUAAUAUACAUUUAACGAAAAAUUGGCAAAAAUAUGUACAACGAAAAGUAGAAUGGCCCAACUACGUACGUAGUCUACGGUGCUAUCUUACUCCCAAGUAGACCAUACGCUUGUUUUCUAAUAUAGCGCUAUGAAAAAAAUCUUGUAAAUGGUAUUUGCAUUUAAUAAAAAUAUAACUUGCCAUUAAUUAUAUAAAAAUCGCCAAAAUUCACGUUCUGCUUGUAUUCUUGUCAAUUAUAUUCGAUAUCAUAUAUUUUUGUGAAAAAUAAAUCUAUUUUGCUAUUUAAACUAUCAAUAGUAUAGAAGUAGUUUGCUAGAUAUCUUCAAUUGUACGUAUAAUAUAUAGAAACAGGACAGAGUUCUAGUAGAAUAUGAUUAUCGGAAUUUUUUCAUUUACCGAUAUAUUUUUUUACAUUUUAGUUUCUCUCAUUUGGUCUGAAAUAUACUUAAAAACCGUCAGUCACCGAAUUGUGAAAUCAAUUUAGAGCAGUUUCAGACAACCGUUUCGGCAUUUCGCGCUUACAGUUCGAUACAUUUGACCUGUACGCGCCUACACGCGCUUCCAAUAACGAGCUUAUACGCGCGUAUAAAAUGCUAUUCUAAAGCUGCCCUUAUAGACAAUGUUACAAUGAGAUAAGAUGGUAAAUUUUGUUAAAUCAGUUUCCUUCUAAACUCCAUAUUCUACUAUAACUUUAGUGUCCCUGUAUAAAUGGAAUAAAGUAUACGAGGUAAUGAAAAUAACACGGUCAUAAUGGGAGAUCAGACUGAAAUCGAAAUGAAUAAUUUCACAUUGAACAAUAAAAUAAGUUUUAAAAAUAUACAAAAUAAAAUUGUAUCCACUUAUUUUUUUGCUUUCUAUUAUUUAUAGCAAAUAAUAAUAAAAAACCGGACAAGUGCGAGUCGGACUCACCACUCGCCCACCGAGGGUUCUGUACUUUUUAGUAUUUGUUGUUAUAGCGGCAACAGAAAUAUAUCAUCUCUGUGAAAAUUUCAACUGUCUAGCUAUCACGGUUCAUGGUUCACGGUUGACAGACGGACCGUGUCCCGGUGCGAAGGAUCCCGUUUUUACCCUUUGGGUACACAACUCUAAAAAUUGAGUCCACGACGACCAAGCUUUUGCAAUGACAACGAAGUCAUAUGUGGCAGUUUUAAUAUUCAACUCUAUUGACACCUAUUAAAGUUCAAAUUUAAACAAAUCAUUUAAUUUAACAGGUUAAUAUCAAUUAUAAAGUUUAUAAUGACACUACUUUACUUUGCUUAGUUAGACGUUUUGUCCGCCACAGACGGCUGUGGCCGUCGGAAAGUCUUGCCAAGGACGCCAACGACGGCUACAGCUGACAGCCACGUUAAUGCAAUAGGUACUUACGCGGGACUCCGUAAAGUUCAAUUUCGCUUAAAUAAUCGCGAUCGCCUGGCGUCCGGGGCGCGGCAUAUUCCUUCGUCGUCUGGCGUUCAAAAGGUUAAACUUAAAGAGAUAGAGAAGAAAAGAGAGAGAGAGAGAAAAGUAAUUUGAGUAGUCAGUCCGAUCCCCUGUUUUGCCUAGAAGUAGCGCUAUUCCAAUUUUCAUAGUCUCGUAUACUAUAGCUAUUAUAGCAAAUUAUAAAGAGAGUUAAACCAAGCUAAGCUGGCAGCGAUUUUGAUAGCCCAGACUGUGCAAGUGUUAUUUAACGUCAUAAUUUCAUAGAAGUUGGCGUUUAAAGUGACACUUGGUCUCACUCUAUCAGUUUUCAUGUAGUACAAAUUGAAUACGUAGUUUGAAUAGAGCUGUUAGAACCGCUUCCUUGAUCUCUGGAACUUAAAACUUUUACUUUAACACAUUGGGUGCCGGGAACCCGCUUGGCGGGUUCUCUGUUCGUAGUCGCUUUCCAAUACAAAGCGGGAAAACGCUGGGAUCGGCUACGAGCGUAGCGCUACGAAAACGGCAGUAAAUGUCAGGUCAAUUCGAACAACGUGAUAAUUACUAGAUACGAGAACAAUACGAGAUCUAAUAGGUGCGUUGUUCUCAACUAGUUAUCUUUUGCAGUUCGAUUCGAGAAACCAAUUGUCAUUUCACGCUACAAUUAUUGUGACGUUUUGGGAUAUCCAUUAGAUAUCCAUUGGAUGUCUAAGUAAUAUCUUAAGCAAAUCUUAAAGAGAUCGUUCAAGAGGACAUUCGGAAUCUCGGAAAUGUCAAAUUAGACAUGACUUUCAUAAAUAUCUCGUUAUCGUUUCUGUUUCAUAUCUCGUGGAUAUCUAGUUGAUAUCUAGAUCAUUGUUCGAAUUGGCCCGUAUGUUAGUGUUUAGAAAAAAAUCACUUUAUGUCUUAUGGAUAUAGAGUUAAUAUUUCUUUUAGGGUUUUUCUAAUCGUUUAAAAAAUUGAAAAUGUAUUAAAAUAAUGUAACUAAUGUAAGGUUGAGUUUUUUUGUAAAUAUUCUUCGUAAGAGGUUUCAAACGUGACUGUGGAUGUGAAAUACAAAUAAAUAUAGAUGAGAGUAGAUACA